GCAUGAGACCGCGGACUGCGCAAUGCCAUUUACCCACUAGUGGAACGUGUUGUCUCUUGCCUCUCGUAUCCCACAGGGCGGGCGCGCCUCCGGACCGCAGCCAAGUAUAAAUGGGAGGGUGCUGGCGGUUGGGUCCAAUCUUAGCCUCUGAGGAGUCGCAGACCACACAAACAACUGGAACACAGCGAACUCGCCAUGGCGCCCUCGGACACGUUCACCAUCACUGCCGCCCCGGGCACCGACAUCUGGCGCAAGCCGCCCGCGACAGAUGUCUUUAACGCACCGACCGCCCUCCCCGAAUCCAGCACGACCACAGCCACCAACCUGCGCACCUCCGGGCCCCUAACCUCCUUCCUCUCGGCCCGCCUAUCCCUCAACUUCACCCCAAAGGAGCAGUACGACCAAGGCGGCCUGCUCCUCAGCUUCUACCGCCGCAACCCCCCCUCCAACGCCAGCGACAGCCCCGCUCCGCACCAAAAACCACAAAAAUGGAUCAAGGCCGGCGUCGAGCAUUACAACGGCGCGCCGCGCCUGUCGACCGUGGCGUGCGACGCCUGGGCGGACUGGUCCGUCGCCGACCUGCAUCCUUCUCCCUCCUCCACCAAUACCGCCGCCGCCACCACCACCACAACCGAGACAGGGUGGACGACGCUGCUGGUGGAGAAGGACCAGGACGGCAACGGCACGGGCGUGUGGGUGUACCGGGUGGCGGAGGCGACGGGGGAGAAGGUGCCGCUGCGGGAGGUGUGCUGGGUGUUUGGGGACGCGCCGGAGGAGUGGGACGUGGAGGUGCGGGCGAUGGCAGCGCGGCCGGCGAAGGGGGCGGAGGGGGGCUUGGUGGUGGAGUUUGCGGGGCUGGAGGUGAAGUGGGCGACGUGAUCACGUUCGGGGAGUAAUGGGAAGUAAAGUCACGACGGAUGAAUGAUGAUGGGUGGUGGCUGGCAUGUCGCAUGUACCUACUUAUUCACAUCGCAAUGCAUGUCACGGGAAAAGGGGAGUUACAUAGGGACGACAGUAUGAGGUGGCCGAAUAUUUUCCAUUACCUAGCCCCUCAAGCGGGCGUAGAGUUGAGCUGGAAUCGGACUAAGGGGUCGCUGGCUCCCUCCAUCGAGGAGGGAGGGCGCAACAACCCCUUGCCCGACCC